AUGCGUACUUUCAAGCCCACAAUUCUCCUCCUCCUGCCAUACCUAUCCUCAUUCGUCCUCGCCCACGCUCCAGAAUCCGGCAUCCAUGCCAUCAUCUCCUCAGCAGCUGACGAAUACAAUAUCGCAACUUCCACUAUAUCGUCAAUCUUGUCAAUCGCAACCGCUUCCGCCGUCUCCAACCUCUCCGUAGAUGUGCAAGAUAUAAUUGCAUUCGCCAGUUCCGUGUAUGAGGAAGUUACAGCAGCAGUCGGAAGAGUGGUUGACCAGGCUACAGGUAAAAUCAACAAUGCAUUUAGUGAGGCGACUGGAAGCGUGGGAAGUUCGAUCAGUAAAGCCACCGCACCCACGAAACAAGUGACAGGAAAGGAAAACCCAACUACUAUAUCCAGAGCGCCGGGAAGUGGGACCGUCAAACCUACCAGUGUUUCCGAGGGUAAAAUCAAAAGGGGAGGAAAUUAUGCCGAUGGUGUAUUAGCCGCCGUAUUCGCCGCCGUAUUCGCCGCCGUAUUCGCCGCUGUUGCACUCUUAUAA